GACAGUCAUACGAUGCUUAUCCACAUCUAUCUAUCAAUGCUACCAAAAGAGAUUGAAAACCAUUUCUAUAUUAGCCAAAAAUAAAUAAAAUAAAAUAAAAAUCCACAUCUAUCUAUAAAUAUUAUUUUCCCCCAGCUUGAAGUAGCAGGUGUCACAUGCCAUAAAGUAAGGUGCUCAACCAAUUCCUCCAUUUGUGACUCUAAUUUUUUGCUUCUCUCUCUCUGUCUUUCUUUCUCUCAAUCUUAGCCUUCUUAUAUGCUUUUGAUGCAUGUAUAUUAAUUGAGUUUCUCAAAUCUAUUAGCAACAUUGCCGCAUGAAUCUUCCUUCUUUUAGCAUUUUUUUUUUUUUUUUUUAUGAAAUCCUUCUUUUAGCAUUUUACAGAUUUAAUUGCAGGUUCAUUCUUUAGGAGUUGGUCUCAUGGCAAAAUCUAGUCCAAGUUUAAACGGUUUUUAAGAAGUUGAUUUAUAGUUAAAAAGUAGUGCUUUUUGAAUUAUUUGAUUCCCUUAUUCGUUUUCUCGACCGGCUGAUAAAAAUAUAUAGAAUAUUGGGGGUUGGCUUUUCUUUGCUUCUUCAUAGGCUUCUUGGUUUCUGUUUUAACUUUUUGGCUUCCCCAAUGAAUAUUUGACCUUUAGCACCUCUCUCUCUCUCUCUCUCUCUCUCUCUCUCUCUUCUGCUUAACCCAUUAUAAUUUAUAUAUUUGUCCACAAUUUUUUUUGCCUUGGAUUUCACACCGGGGGAGGCAGUUGGUUGAGGAGAAAGAGACAGAAGGUUAUUGAGAAUUUUUCUGAUUAAGUGGGAAGUUUCUCUGUCCAACUCAGAUUUGUGUUUUGUGGUGGAAAAAUGGGGAAGCUUAGUCUUGGCAGGAUGUUAGACUGUCUUUGUCUCUCAUCUGGUUCAAGUUCUUGUUUCUGCAUGAAUUCUGUGGAACACCAAGAUGAGUUUGAGAAAAGACCACUCAUAGCAAGUGAAAAAAGCCAGUUGCUAAGAUUAAAGGAUGUGGUUUCUGGGAAUCAGACAUUAGCUUUUCAAUUGAAGCCCAAGAUGGUAUUGCUAAAGGUAUCCAUGCAUUGCAAUGGCUGUGCUAGAAAAGUUGAGAAACACAUCUCAAGAAUGGAAGGAGUGACCUCGUAUAAAGUAGACCUGGAAAGCAAGAUGGUGGUUGUCAUCGGAGACAUUCUUCCUUUCGAAGUGCUGGAGAGUGUCUCCAAAGUGAAAAAUGCAGAGCUUUGGAAUCCACCAAAAACAACUAACACCAUAUAUUGAAAAUCCACCGCAACAAAGACAAACAAGUUUGAUGUGAG